CCCAGUUCCUGUGAUUUGUGACGGCAACACCGUGUUAUUUGAGACUUGGUCGGUCGAUUGAAUUACACUGCAAGAAAUCUAUUUGAACAGCAGACAUACCUACUUCAACCAAGGUCCAGGCUACGUUUUAUUGCAUUGCAUUUUAUGUUGCAGCAUCAGGAACUACGAUCGUCCACAUGCCUGUGCGACCCCGAACCAGUUACCGUGCCUCCUACCCAGGGCAUGACGUUCGAAACAGUUCCUAUAGAACCCCUCGCCCUGCCCCUAGAGUCAAACCUGAGGGUCACCCCAACUACACCCGGGGGUGGGGGGUCGUCAAGACAUGGGCGUUUGGAAAAGGCUUGGCAGGAUACUCCUCCUCCCGGCCAAAAGCUCGCUGCCCGACAUCAGCUUCAAGAGACAACUGUCAUCUCGGACGUAAUGGGAACGUAGCCCCUAUUCUUAAUGGCACUGCAUCACCUAGGCCUGUUUCGGCACCUCCUAGGAUAAAGACGGAGGCUGAGGGUAUUGCAACAGUCAGUAGAGGCAAGAGGAUGAAGGUAAUUGUUCAUGAGUACGGGGAACACGGACCUACGCCUAGAGUUGCAAGGGUGAAACCAGAGGCUGAGGAAACUGCAACUGUUCACAAAGGAGGAAGGAUGUAUAAUCUCGUUCACAAGUAUGCCAUGAUGCCCUCGUCCUCUCGAGCUGUUCCUCGCGUCAAACCCGAAGCCGAAGAAAUAGCUGAAGUAAGUAAAGGUAAGCGGAUGAACAACAUCAUCCACAAAUAUGGCAAAAAUGAAAGAACGCCGAGACAACCCUUACGCGUAAAACCUGAAGCAGAGCAAUCUGCAGAACUCGAUAAGGGAAAACGAAUGAACAGACUGAUCCAUAGCUAUGGGCGUAUGCCGUUAUCGUCGCGUCCAGUUCCGAGAGUGAAGCCCGAGGCUGAGACGAGUGCAAGUGUAGCUCUGGGUGGGAGGAUGUCCAGACUGAUGCAUGACCCCCGUAGCUGCCCCAUCACGCCACGCCCAGUACCCAGGGUGACCACCGCAGAGGCAGAUACCAUUCUCAGGAAGAGUUAUGGUCAGAUGGGAAGAAUUCUUCGAAAUCAUGGUCAACGAUCCUAUAUAUUUGUUCCAGGGCAACAAAGGAAGUCUUUCGAGCAGGCUAGGACAAUGUAGACACUGGCCGGUAACGGGAUGGUGCUGUGUAUUGGUAGCCGGACUCGAUACUUGAAUUGGAACAGUACAAUUAAUUUGGAAUAUUGUGGUUCGGAGUUUCGUUCAAUGUCAAAUGAAAUGCAAAAGGGUGACAAAACUUAGGCGCUUGGCGUAUGUUCAUAGCCUCGUUAUUGAAAUGAAUUCUUGGUAUUAUUGAAAUGAAUUCUUGGUAAUUAUAUAAUAGAUUCAUAGAGAUUAUUAGCCGAGUGUGUUUUUAACUUCACAUAUUAGGAAUAAUAAUUUAAUUAUGCGAGCCUUUGGUGAACAUGCUAGUUCUUUCUAUUCCUAAUAUAUAUUUACGACACGGAAACACGACAGUGAUAAUCUCUUUAUAAUAUGAUGUCAGAAAUAAUCAACGUACACGACUUAUUUCCAUUCAUGAAAGUAAUUUUAGAAAUAGAGUCGUAAUACAAGGCCGGAGUGAACCGCACUGCUUUCAGUGGUACUAAACAGUCUUAACGUUCGGAGGUGCCUUGUCAACAAAAUGCAUCCGCGCCACGAAGCAGGCUCCAAAGGAGGAUGACAUGGGCAGAAAACUGUAGCUGACCGCAUCUAUGACAUUACCACCCGCAAAUAAGAUAUAUAAGUUCAUGCCAAGUUUCGAUAAUGAUUUCCUUUUCAGUUCUUGACAUGAUAACAGCACCAGUUAUGGGUACAAUG